AUGAGGUCACGGCGUUUCCCGCGGCGUGGAUUUGAAUUUGUGCUGUCUGUAAUAACUGUCCAACUCAUCGCAGGGUCGACUGGGUUAGUCUGCUACACCGCUGUGGAAUCGCUGGACUUAGGUUGCCUCCUGCGGUGGGAUUGUCCCCAUGCCAGUCCUAAUAUCACCUACACAGUGCAGACAAAGACUCAGGGGGAUCCCUGGCAGGACGUCCCGUGGUGCGUUUGGAUCUCCUCCCGGAGCUGCGAUGUCUCCCAGGUCUUUUCAAGCUUUGAGCUCUACAACAUGAUUCGCCUCGGAGUCCACCUCAGCCCCAGCUCCAUUGUUUGGAUUAAGCCACACAAGUUUGACUACAGCGACUUCAGUCAGUGGUUAUCUCUGCUGUUAGCAAUAAGUUCUGCUCUCUCUUUCCCACCCGCAGCCUUCAGCCCUCCAUCUGUCUCCGUCUCUUUGACCAACGACAGCCUGUCUGUGAAGGUGCAGUUCCCCUGCGCUACCAGCAGGAGGUGCUCUCGUGACGUGUGCUGUCCCAUCUCCACGCUGAUAGACCCCUGGACCACCGUCACCGUGUUCAAUGAGCUCAACCGCUCUGACAACCAGAGCCGCACGGUUUGGACUCAGGAAGUGGUUUCCAUCGUUGAGUUCUCGGGUUUGUCUCCGGGUCAGAACUACUGUGCCGAGGCCAACUUCUCCUUCCCGACCUUCUCCAUGGCUGCUUCCCCCAAAUCCACUCCAGGGUGUGUGGAAACUGGCUCCAGAUCAGGGAUGCUGCCAAUGCUGUGUCUUGGAACUGGUCUGUCCUUUGUGUUCCUUCUGUUGUUUCUCAUGGUGUUUCUGCGGAAACCCAGACGGGACCGACCGGCCCCCGACAAUCCACCCAAGGCUCUGGCAACUUCUCAGGACGCAGAGUCUUUGGCUAUGCCCGUCUGUGUCCCUGUCGAACCUUGUGACCCUUGUGACAUUCACCUGGAGCUAAUAGAUGACCACGGCUCCGUCGACUGGAGCGUAGAAAACAAAAGCUCAAGCCAACUUGUGCAUCAUGAUCCCAGCAGAGGUGUGGUAUGUUGUCACAAUGGAGGACAGAGGCAGAAAAAAGGCUUUGACUCUGGCUUAAGGAAUCCCACUUUGUCCCACUUCUGUGUGGAGACGUCAGAUGAAAACUGAAACGCUGAGACUUUUAAAAACGGUUUUCCUCGCAUCGUUUCAUUAGGCUCGCUUCACCCUGGAUUAGGAACACCUCAUGAUCUCCCGGUCUCCCUACUUUGCCAGAAAUGUUUUCCACAGCUGCUUUUUCUGUGGAAAUUUCCUAUAAAAGAACGAGGUUCAGGAGAAAACAAAACCAGGAUUUACCUGAGUCAAGUUGCCCCCCGACCCUCUUACCGUCUUCAAAUCCAACAAAACUGGUGUCAAACGUUUGAGCAGUAAAAAACUUUGCUUGUGCCGCUAUCAUUUUAAAGAUAUCAAUAAAAAAGUUCCCACAGGUCGUCAUCGACAUCUUCAAAAGCAAAAGCAGCACAAAUUAAAAUGUUUGCUGCACAAACGUAGCUGAGUUGUUUGAUUUUGUAAUCGUAAGCAUGGAGCGGAGGUUGACCUAUUAUGACCUCUGAUGACUUCUGGAAACUUUUAAAAUUAAUAUCUGUAGAACGAUAGCGGCACAAAUGAACCAAACCCAGCACAAACGUAGCACAAACAUUUGACACCCAUUUCGUUAGAUUUGGGUGACGUGGGUCGGAUGGUUGACCUGUUGACCUUGAAACUCUCACUAAUUUCUUCAAAGCAGAAGCAGCACAAACAAAACAUUUUGCUGUACAAAGGCAGUUGAGUUGAUUGACACCAAUUUUGUCUGACUUGAAGAAAGUUAGGGGGUUGGUUGACCUCUUGUGACUUCAGGGAACAUUUAUUAAUAUCUUUUAACUGACAGCAGCACAAACGACAAUUUUUGCUGCGCAAACCUUUGACCACAAUUUUGUUAGAUUUGAAGAAGGUGGGAAAGCAACUUCACUCAGGUUCAGGAUUUUUAUCAGAAAGAUAAGAGGAUGCAGAUGAGGGAGGUUUUGGUACAAAGUGCCUUCAUGAGUAAAUCUCUUUUUUCAAGAAGAAACUCUCCACUUUGGUGAACCAGCCAAUGCACAAUUUGGAGGUGUGUUCGCUUCUCCACAUCUCAUAGCCCUAUUCUUCCAGUAAUGUGGAACUGGAAAAUGCAAAAUGAAGACUUUCUUGGUGACUUGUAGGUUUUCAGAAUAGAAAAUGACCCAUACUACUAAUACUGCCAAAUUAGUUGCAAAGUGGCCUAAGGACAACAAAGUCAAUGUCUGGGAGUACAUAAGCCUUCACCCAUUUGUUUGACUUUAAUGCUGUGGCCCGGUUCUGGUCCAUAAAGUACAACUGUAAAUUCACUACUUGAUGUGUUUCAAUGACAAGACUCUAGGUUCACUUUACUGUAGAAGUCGCAUGACUAUUUAAAACACAACUCCAUGAACAGAAACGGUUUUAAUUGAGACGGUCAACAAUGACUCGUUUCACAUACAUAAACCAGAUGAACGUCGCACUGAUUUUAUUUUAGUUCAGACUUAAGAUUUGUUUGCUUGUUUCCAAUAUUUAAAGCACCUAAAGCCAUGUGUUUUUUUUGUUAAAUGUUGCCUAUGACUAAACAGAUGUUUGCUAUGUUGGCAGAAAUUGCUGGUGAACCUUAUACUUUCUAUCAAAACGGAGUUCCAAGAACAUUAUAACACGAAGAAUGAUCUAAACCAGAGAGAAUAAUCAAGCGCUAAUCCAGAGCUAUUUUAAAACAGGUGUAAGAAGCAGAUUCAUUUUUAAAGAGAUGUACAAAUAAUAAGUUCAAACACAGGAGGAAAGUCAAAAGAAAAUGCACUCUUGGAUGUUGCUGUUCGAUGUAAUUUCUCCAUUCAUGGAGAAAUCUCUAAAUGCCUCUGAAACAGACUGGUGAUUUAUUCUCAGUCCUUCUUGAAUUUUGUUUUUCUUUUCUUCUUCUUUUUUUUGACCGGGUGUUUCAGGUGAUGAUGUGUUCCAGUUUGAGAUCUUUUGCUCUAUUUUGUGUUGUUAGUUUCUAUUAAAGUUUACUGAUGAGACACGUCUGGCAAUUUGUUGUUUUUUUUUUUUUUUUUCCAUGUUCAUUUUAAUAUUUAUUUACCCAUAACAUAUCAAACACGGUCAUCAAUCAGAGCUGCGUCGGUAUAUUUAUCCGUUUCUUGUGAUUUUGCGGUGGCGCAAUAGGGGGACUUAGCUGCUGGGGCAAAAAUAAUUUCUCCGUGUGUGUACAUGAUCACAGCUCAGUGAAGAAUCUAAAUCUGGUUGUGGUUUUUCUCUGAGCUGAGACCCAGUUAAAGUCCAAAAGCACGAUCGUCUCAAAACAAGAAGCACGAACAUGUAGCAGCCGGGGAGACAACAACGCAGACUUUCCCCCAUCAUUUAUUGUUUU